GAAACCAUAACAUACGGCUGCAAAAUAGUAUGAGCAUUGUGUUUGUGUUGUAGUCUAGACUCUAGUCUAGUAUUCUGUAGUUGCGGUGAAUAAUGACGUUUGUUUAGUUUGUUAUAAUUAUUAUAUGUAUUGUUUUCAUUUGCCGUUUACAUAGAAUUUUAUACAUUUUUCAUUCGAUAAUUAAUUAUGCGCAAUUAACGUUUAUGAUUCGUUUUCAAUCGUAAAAUGGAUGCAGAUUUCGUUCAGCUACACACAGUCACUAAUUUUUUUUACCGUUAUAGUUUUGUUGUAUUGUAAGAUAACCAUUUAUAUUUUUAUGUUUGAAAACCAUGGAAAAUGGACUUAAAUUUCUUUGAUGAGCAAAGUGAUUGCUCUAGUGAAUUAUCGGAAACGCGAUCAGAACUUGAAGCUCGCAUCUAUAGCAUUAUCCAUCAUAACGAUUUUUCAGGGACAUCAGAAUCCCCAUUUAUUGAUCCAAAGUACGGUGUAGAAUUCAAUUCCAAUGGCGAAAUAGUUGUGUUUCAAAAAGAUCCAGCCGAUAUAGUUAUCAACUCUACUGUUAAUUUAUCCGAGGCGUAUAACAAUAGGGUUAUACCAACAAUCGUUUUAGAUGACGAUGAUGACAUUGAAAUUUCUAAAGAUAUCAGUAGCAUAGUUGAUUACGAAUUUUCUGAAACAAGCUUGAAAAAAAAGAAGAAGAAAAAAAAGAAAAAGAAAAAUAUAAAUGAUGAAAGUAUUGAGGAGUAUAUUAACACUAUUAAAAAUACUGAUGCGUUAAAAGAAUAUAAAGAGAAAAGCGGAUUAAAUAAAAUGACUACUAAACCUAGUAAAGCUGAUAAUGUUGCCCUAAACGUUGUCUCUUUUAACAAUGAACGAGCAAUGCCAAUGACACCAAGUGAAAUUUUGAAACAAUAUCGUAUUGGAAAACCAACUGAAGAUAGUUUGUGGUAUAGAUGCCCAAAAACAUGGACUCCAGAUAUGAUAAAAUUUUAUACUAAAAUUCAAAAGUCAAAACGAAAUUAUGACUGUAGAGAAGAACUUAAUAAAAUUAGAGAAAAAUAUGGCUCCAAUCCAAUCGACUGGUCCUUGGACCCCAUGGAUUUAUAUAAAUCUAAUUCAAAUACACCUAGAAUGAGAUGUAAUAUUUGUAGACAAUUCGGUCAUACUGGGUAUAAUUGCAAGGAUCAAUACAAACCUCCAAUUUGUAUCAUGUGCGGAGUGGAAGGACAUCAUUUUCAUAGUUGUAAUAAAAAAAUAUGUUUAUCGUGUGGAACUUGGCAAAAAAAUUUUACAAAUAAUUGUAGUACUUGUUUAUCAAUGAUUAAAGUCAAAUGUAGUAUAUGUAAUGAUGUUGGUCAUGAAUCAAGUUAUUGCACAGAAACUUGGCGUCGAUUUCAUAGUACAAUUUCUACUGCACCAGAACCUGAAAGUAACGAAUUUGCUCAAUCUACUUCUAGAUCAAAUACCGAGUCAAGGCAAUCUAGUUCAAGAAAGUCUGAAUCUUCAUCAUCAUUAUUAACUCCCAUUGUUAAAGAGAUUAGUAAAAAUAGCCCAAAAUCGGUUGAUUCUGGUAAAUCUAAAUCCAAGAAAGCAAAACGAUUACAAUCUAAGAUUAGACAUUCAAAAACCAAAAAUCAAAAUAAUCUCACAAUUUCUAAUGAUGAACCCAUAAAUAUUGAUGUUAAUAUACAAGAUGUUACAUUGAAACGCACUCUAACUAAAAGAAAUUUUUUCAAGAAAAAAAAAUUAAGUGUUAACAAUUAAAUACAAAUAUUGAAAAUUUACUAUGCAAAUGACUAUUUACUUAAACAUAAUAGAUUAGAUUUUUAAUGUGUUAACACAUAUAGAAUUUUUUAUGUAGUGAUACUAUUAAGUAAUAAGUAUCAAUUCAGUUCUUAGUAUAUAAUUAUAUUAAGUCUAAUAUAGUCUAGUGUAAAUUCUAUGAUUUCACUUUGUGCUGCUAGUAUUGUUUAAUACCAUGUGAUUCGUUGGGUAUCAGUUUCGCAUGGUAAAGGUUUUUCUAUAUCAAAGGAAAUUUUAAUAUUGUUUUAUCAUUUUAAUCUACUAUUAAUGUAUCAAAACCUACAUUACAUUUCCAUCAUUGCUCACAUCAAAAUAGUUAUAAAAAUUCUAUUUUAUUAUUCUCAAAUAUUCAGUUUGAAUAAGAAGAUGGAUAAUUUUUAAUUGUUAAACUACCUUGUAUUUUAAGUUAAUGGGAGUAUCAAUGUUAAAGCUUAUUCAUCUAUUUUAAUUUUCAUCCUAAUCUUGUUUUUAUGCAACUGUAUUUGGAGAGUUUUUUGUUAUCCGAACCAUAAACAAUUUUUAAAAUUUUUAAUAGUUUUCUUUAUUGACAGUCCAAGAAAAAUUGUUUAAAUAAGCGAUGGUUUGCCAUGAUAAUAUUAUGUAGUGAAUUCAAUUAUAAAUAUAUAUAAAUGCAAUGAAAUUAUUUUAUUUUGUAACCCAUUGAGUCUUUUUUUUUGUCUAUUAUAUUAUAAUAUUAUAAUGUAUUAUAGUAAUAAUAAUAUCUAUUUUCACAUUUAAUAAAAAUCAAUUGUUUUUUUCUUGAGGAGAGGGGGGGGGGUUAAAGUGUAUUACAUUGUACAAAAUUAAAAAAAUAUAUAGUUAGGAUAAAACAAAAAUUUAAAAAAAUUCAAUGUAGUUAACAAAACAAAUUAUAUUUUAUUUAUUUAAUUAUAAAUAUUAAAUAAGAAUGUAUUUACAGAAUAUAUUAUUAAAAAUAACACAAAUAUUUGUACAUAACAAUAUUAUUAUAGUUCUAAUAUUCCAUCCUGGUCUAAUUCUGAUAGAUUGUCAGCGGACAAUGACACAUGAAUAGAGUCUCCGAGCAAAUCAGUUAUGUCAUCGUACCUAGACAAAUUAAAUAGUUAUAAAUUUUAAUUAAAUAUGAGAUAUUUGUGUACAUUUAAAUAUAAUAUGUAUAUAUAUAUUAUAUAUUUAAUAAAGGGUAUGGAUAAUUUA